AUGCGUGAAUCUACCAGAAAGCGAGAGGCAUUUUUCUUAGAGUUUGCGCAAAAGGCAUGUUCUCUGCUCAGUUCAAGUGUAGUUUCAAUUAUCCGACCUGUUUUCGAGGAAACUGUUGUUUACCUUACGGGAGGCUUCCGCACAGCUCCAGCCAUGGUGAACGCAAUUUUAGAAGGAAACACUGACGGUAUAGGGCUAGGAAGACCAAUCACGACGGAACCAGAUCUCCCUGCAAAGCUGCUUCAUGGGGAAUGUCUAGCUGCUGCUGAUGUCAAGUUGGAUCCAGAUGACUAUAUGUUAACAUCUACAGCCAGUAACAUGCAGAUGGCACAAAUGGGCAAGAGACCAUUCGCUGAGUUGAAAAGGUGA